CCCAUUCCCAUUUCACUCCCACAUCUCCCAAUUCCCCUCCUGCACUCUGCUUCCUCUCUCUCUCUCUCUCUCUUCCAGUCUCUCUCUCUUCCAGUCUCGCCGGAGAUGCAAGGACUACGGGGAUACCGGCCGCUGACGGGCGGCGGGGGCGUGAGGCUGGAGCUGACGCCGACAACCAGCUCUCCUCUGGCGAUCGACGUGACGGAGUCGGUGGAGAUGAGGAUCCAGCGGCUGAUAUCGGAGAACCCGGUGAUCAUCUUUAGCCGCUCCGCCUGCUGCAUGUGCCACGUCAUGAAGCGCCUCCUCUCCUCCCUCGGCGUCCACCCCACCGUCAUCGAAUUGGAGGAGGAGGAGAUCGCCGCCCUCUCCUCCCUCGAUAACCCCGACUCAUCUGACUCCUCCUCCUCAUCCUCCGCCACCCCCUCCUCAGCCGAUCCCGCUCUCUUCCUCGGCGGCACCCGCGUCGGCGGCCUCGAGAGCCUCGUGGCCCUCCACCUCAGCAGCCACCUCGUCCCCAAGCUCGUCGAAAUUGGCGCCAUCCAAUUGUAGAUGUAGUUCUCGUCCCCUCCCGAGGGUAUUAUUGUAGUUCCGCCCCCCACAAGUUAGGGAAAUAAUUUUCAUUUUCUAAUUUCCUCUGUUCCCGGAUUUUGAUUUUCCUCUCUCUUCAAUUAUCCGGUUGGGUACUCGCGGCGGCCGGCCCACACGUGUACGCCGGCAAUUAGUCGUAGAUUUAUCUGCUGACGUCGCCGAGGGGAUCGACGAGUAAUAAAUAGGCUUAGCGUAGUGUACGCGAGUUUAA